GAGGGAGAAGGGAGGCCACAGCCAGGCUCCUUCCCUGGCCUCAGUGGGCACUGGGGCACUAUUGAUCUCUCCCUCCUCGCCUUUGCCCCCUUUCCCCUUCCUUCCCCAAUAGCCCCUUCUGCUCUACCCCGGGAGGCUUGUUGCGAGCCAGGCGCCGUGUGGACGGGCGAGUGCCAGUUCCUCCAUUGGGUGGCAGUCACAGUAUCUCCUUUAUGACUUGCAGCAGAGCCGGGCGUGCAUUCAACCCGACGAAGCCGAUCUUGUCGAAACACUGGGAUCGUUUAUGCAUUGCAGUUCCUCGCUGGCUCCGCCGCCGCUGCCCUCCUUCAAGGCAUCUCCAAAAUCACAUUGAUUCCGGAUCGCCUGGAUGCAGCUCGCGGAGCUUGCCCUCUCCGCGCCAGAUCAGCCCUUUGCCGGGCCGGAGGGCAAGCCUGGGGUUCCCUUGACCCCUUUCCCUUCCUUUUUUUGGGUCUGGAGACAUCUUCUCAUUUCCUUCUCCUCCUCCUUCUAAAUCCCGUGCCCGUUGAGAGUUUUAGGACCCAGGAGACAUCCUCGGGAAACAGCAAAGGCUGUGUGCUCUCUCUCUCUCUUUCGCCCUCUCUCUCUUGCCUACAUAGCUCUACAGUACCAGGAAAAACCCCCGUCGGAUCCGCGAUUCCAGGAUACUUGAGGGAUUAUUUGAUUGUCGAUUCUUCUUCUUCUUCUUCUUCUUGAUUUGGGAGUCUCUUCCAUCCUUAUGGCUGCUUGGUGGGAUCGGCGUUUUCCCUUGCGCGUUGAGAAGGAGGUUUGAAAAAAGAAAGGCUCCAUGCUCUGGAUCCGGGACUCCUUCUCUCGCCUUGGACUUGGGGGGUUCUCCAUCUUUUCUUCUUGCUUGGCCCCCUUCUAGCGAGAUUUCCCCUCCCUCACCCCUUACCCCAAGAUCUCUGUUUGGCCCUCCCUCCCUCCUUCCUUCCUUCCUUCCUUCUUUCCCUUCUUCCCUCUCUUCAAUUCUCGCUUUCCCACCUGGAUCGUACCAUCCUCGGCGCACCAAACCUGGCCACUUUGCGAACUCGCGGGAGGCAAAAAAAAAAAAAAAAAGGAUCUCUCUCUCUCUCUCUCUAGUCUCUAGAUGGAAUUAUCCGCUUGGAUGGUGAACUUGGCACUUGUGAAUGGGCAUCGCCUUCCUCGUAUUCAUUGCUAGCAAGGAAAGGGGGGGAAAAAGAGGGGGAAGACGAAGGAGGAGAAGGAGGCGAAGAAGAAGAAGAAGAGAGGGACGCGCGAGGGAAAGAAGCCUGGAGGAGUUUUUUUUCCUCCCCUCCCUAAAAAUAAUAUAUAUAUAUAUUCCCACCAAAAUCGUGGAUUCCCUGGCUACGCAUUGUGAUGACCAGCAAUUACCUGACUGACUGAUACCGGGAGAAGACUCUUUUGCAAGACUGUAGUGGGGAACAGCCUUGGAGAACUGGAAGAUGAAAGCUCCUAUUCCUCACUUAAUCCUCUUGUAUGCUACUCUUGUUCAGAGUUUGAAGGUUGUGACCAAAAGGGGCUCAGCGGACGGAUGUACCGACUGGUCAGUGGAUUACAAGAAGUAUCAAGUCUCAGUGGGAGAACCUGUUCGUAUAAAAUGUGCACUGUUUUAUGGAUAUAUAAGAGCAAAUUACACCCUGGCACAAAGUGCUGGACUCAGUUUGAUGUGGUACAAAAGCUCUGGACCUGGAGAUUUUGAGGAACCUAUAGCUUUUGAUGGAACUAGAAUGAGCAAAGAGGAAGAUGCAAUUUGGUUUCGUCCAACACUGGCACAGGACAGUGGACUUUAUGCAUGCGUCAUAAGAAACUCUACUUACUGUAUGAAAGUAUCCAUUUCGCUGACAGUGGGGGAAAAUGACACCGGCCUCUGCUACAAUUCAAAAAUGAAAUAUUUUGAAAGAGCUGAACUUAGCAAAAGCAAGGAAAUCUCAUGCCCUGACAUACAGGAUUUUUUAAUACCAUAUAGAGAGCCUGAAAUUCUGUGGUAUAAGGAAUGUCAAGUCACAAUCUGGAGACCAAGUAUUCUGAUCAAAAGGGACAUUCUUGUUAUCAGGGAGGUCAGAGAAGAUGACAUUGGAAAUUACACUUGUGAAUUAAAAUACGGACUGUUUUCUGUGAGAAGGACGACAGAAUUAACAGUUACAGCACCAUUGACAGAAAAACCACCGAAGCUUUUGUACCCUUUGGAGAGUAAACUGACAGUUCAGGAAACACAGCUGGGCCAUUCUGCUAAUCUAACCUGUCGAGCAUUCUUUGGAUACAGCGGUGAAGUCAGCCCUUUAAUGUAUUGGAUGAAAGGCGAAAAGUUUAUUGAGGAUUUGGAUGAAAGUCGGGUUUGGGAAAGCGAUAUUAGAAUUCUUAAGGAGCAUCUUGGAGAACAGGAAGUUUCCAUCUCAUUAAUUCUUGAUUCAGUGGAAGAAGGAGACCUCGGAAAUUAUUCAUGUUAUGUUGAAAAUGGAUAUGGCCGCAGACAUGCUACUGUUGUUCUUCUCAAAAGAGAGCUGAUGUAUACAGUUGAGCUUGCUGGCGGGCUUGGUGCUAUUCUUCUACUACUUGUUUGUUUAGUGACUAUCUACAAGUGCUACAAGAUUGAGAUUAUGCUAUUCUACAGAAAUCAUUUUGGUGCUGAAGAACUUGAUGGAGAUAAUAAAGAUUAUGAUGCAUACCUGUCAUACACCAAAGUGGACCCUGACCAAUGGAAUCAAGAAACUGGAGAAGAAGAACGAUUUGCUCUUGAGAUCUUACCAGAUAUGCUUGAAAAACAUUAUGGAUACAAAUUGUUCAUUCCAGAUAGAGAUCUGAUUCCAACUGGAACAUACAUAGAAGAUGUGGCGAGAUGUGUAGACCAAAGCAAGCGAUUGAUUAUUGUCAUGACUCCAAAUUAUGUGGUGAGAAGAGGCUGGAGUAUCUUUGAACUGGAAACAAGACUUAGAAACAUGUUGGUUACAGGCGAAAUUAAAGUGAUCCUGAUUGAAUGCAGUGAACUCCGGGGGAUUAUGAACUACCAGGAGGUUGAGGCCCUGAAGCAUACCAUCAAGCUCUUAACUGUUAUUAAAUGGCAUGGCCCAAAAUGCAACAAGUUGAAUUCCAAAUUCUGGAAACGUUUACAGUACGAAAUGCCUUUUAAGAGGAUAGAACCCAUCACACAUGAGCAGGUUUUAGAUGUUAGUGAGCAGGGGCCCUUUGGGGAACUGCAGACGGUCUCAGCAAUUUCCAUGGCUGCUGCUACCUCUACUGCUCUUGCCACUGCCCAUCCUGACUUGCGCUCCACCUUUCAUAACACAUACCAUUCCCAGAUGCGCCAGAAACACUAUUACCGAAGCUAUGAAUACGACGUACCUCCUACUGGCACCCUGCCUCUUACCUCAAUAGGUAACCAGCAUACUUACUGCAACAUCCCUAUGACACUUAUUAAUGGGCAGAGGCCACAGACAAAAACUAACCGAGAGCCGAAUCCUGACGAGGCUCAUACAAACAGUGCAAUCCUGCCACUCUUACCACGGGAAACCAGUAUCUCAAGUGUCAUUUGGUGACAUCAGUGUAAGGGGGAAUUUGGCCCCCUUGUGUAGAAAUGAAGUCUGCAGUCUGGUGCCUGGAACUACAUCCUCGACUGCUGCUGUUAAACAUGCAUUACAAUCUAUGAAAUAUGAGGAAAAACAGGGUCUUGUACAUAUGUUUUUUGCAAAUUCCUUUGUAGCAUCAGUCUUCCUGUUUUACCCAUGUCUCUUGCCAUUCACAUUUUGACUUUGUUUUAUAUGUCAUUGGGAUUUGUAUAUUUACAUUUUUUAAACAAAAGAGGGGAAUGAAGAGACUGCUGUAUAGGAAAAAAAUACCUUUUGCUUCAUUAGUAUAGUUUGAGUUGUUUGAAUUUUAUUUUUAACAUUUCUUGGAAUGCUUGGACAAAAUUCUGUCGAAUCCAGAGGCAUUAUCUGUUUUGUUGGUCUGCCUACCUGAUAUCCAGAGGCUAUGUUUGCAGGAAUUCACCAAUGUGUGUGCAUGUGAGUGAGUGAGUGUGAGCACUUGUUCUUAGGAGGACCCUAUGGAAAAUUCAUAGCCCUUUCCUCAUUUAUUCUCCCACUGCAACCCCUAUCCCUUUACCUCACCUUUUUUAUCACACCACACUGAGUGAAAUUACAGAUGGUCUAAUUGUCUAACAUUUCACAUAGUAAAUAGUUGUGGGAAAACAAAUAAAUAAAAAUCCCCAGUCUGUAUCACUUGCUUCACAAUAACCACUAUGACCACUAUGGAAGAUGUAGAAAGAAAAUAGGAGUUUCUGAUUUUAUUUUAUGAGUUGACUGUAUUCUUUAUAUAGAGAGAAACAUGUUGACUCAGAUUCAUUCACUUCCUGAGAAAGUGUUGGAUGUGUUUGUGACUCUUCCCACCCUCCUUUUGUGGGGGUUUCAUUGCUUUCUUUUCUUGCUUUAAAUUCUUCAAAUGGGAUUAUUUACAUUUGUCAGACAAGGAAGGCAAUAGGCACUGAAGUGCACUAAAUCCCACAGAGAUUUAUGGUGAUGGCUUCCAAACCAAAGGAAAGCAGAAGGACAGAAUCUAAUAUAGUUUGUCACAUUGUAUUAGAAAAAGAAAUGCUGUCUAUUAAGAAGUAUGAGAAUACUUGUUUGCAGCCAAUUUUUGAGUCCUCAUGUAUAUUAAAAUUUGGUCAUCAACUUUUCUUUUCACAGAUACAUCCAGAACUCAUACCCUCCAAUAUUUCACAGGUAAAAACUGGGACAUAUGUGGCCAAGAAUCACAGUGUGGUCAAGAUAUCAAAGGUUAUUAAUGAGGAAAGCAUACUCACCUGGAGAGGAUGCAACAGUUUGCUUUUGCCUGCGUAUACUGGGAAGGGCAAGAUUCCUCUCUCUUCCCCUGCUGUGCUGAGUGCAAAUUACUUUGGGCACUUUGAACUCAAAUUUCAACAACUGAAACAAGCUGGUGAAAAGGGAGGAAAGUGAGAGGAAGAGACAGAAACUGGGACAUUUUAUAAGAAGCUCAAAAAGUGGGAUGACAGAGAAUUCUUUGUUAAUGACCCUGAAAAAAAUCAGGAGAGUUGGAGGGUAUGAGAACUUAGUAUUCUUUUUUAUUCAUUUUUAUUUUUAUUUUUUAAAAGCUUGUAAUAAUGAUUUAGAAGUUAUUUUAAAUUCUAAGGUUGUUUAACAGAGAUCUCAGGAGGUUGCAAAAGUAAAUACCAACAAACAUCAAUAUUUUAUACAAGAUUAAUAUUUAAAUCAGACCCAGAAAUGUUGGAAACAAUUAAUGUUAUUGAAUAAAAUAAACUAGUUUUAUUUUAAAUGUAUGAUUUCAUCUUUAAAAAGUUGCAGAAGCAGCAUGCAUCUUGGCUUUGGGAAUUAUUCUUUGCUUCAAGCUCAGGAGUGAAUUUUGCCUAUACUCAGUGCAAUGAGAGUUUGUCAACAACAUUAACAGAGUCAAAAAAUAAUUCUUAUUUUACUUAGUGCUAACACAAUCUGCAUUAAUAACUGCACAAACUGGUGAAGCAGCUAUCUUUCAUAUAAGAACAUCCAAGGAAUAAUAUUAGAGUAUUAGAUUAAUAUAUCAAUAUAAUCUUGGGAGCAUAUUUCUAAAAGUGAAAACUGAUGCAGUAGAACAUUAAUGUUCAGAGGAGAAUGUCAACAAAAUCCACUGGCAACAUCUAUUUGAAAAGACUAAACAGCUGAACAUUUAUAACCACUCUAAUUGAUACUAUGUGUUUUGCACUACUUGCCAACCUUUUAAAAAGUUCAUUGAUAUUUUUGGUUUAGUUAAAACAGAAUAUGGUAAAAUAAUGUGUAACCUACCCUCUAGGAAUGUGUGUGGACUAUGUACUUGAUGAAUAACCAAUCCCAUGCUGCAACUGGCAAGAAAAAGAAACAUCUGCAAACAAGGAACAAAGAUAUCUAGGAUAUGCACUAACUUUUAUUUACCUAAUAUUUAUUUCUGUGAAAAAUCCUCAGGUCCUUUUCUAAUAACCUAUUAAAUUUGUCAAUUGUGCUCACCUUUUCUCCCAUCCUUAAAAAAACCUCCCAGGACACAUGUGCCAAAUAAUUCACACCAAGCAAAUAAAGCUGCCAAGACUGGAACAAUAUGAAAGCCACUUUGCACAGUUGAUUCUUUUAAAAUUAAGGUGAUAGUUAUUUAUUAUAUACACCUGCCAGGCAUUCCUUAAUGGCCUUUAGACAAGAUUCCAGAUCUCAGAAUUUCACUUCCAGAUAUUUCACCAGUUAAAUCUGGAUUGUGCAGUAAGUGGAAAACAUUGUAAUCUGACUACAAUCAGAUGGUAGAUAUUAGCAAGAUGGUUUUUUUUUCUUCCUUUAAAAAAAAGUUCCAACAAUAAUUCUUAUUUUCUUCUAUUUUCCAUGUAGAUUUAAGCACUUUGAAUAGCAUGAUUCAGGGAUUGAUGGAUACUGUUUGAUAUUCACACUACUUUAAGCAAAGAUUUUUAUAAUGCUUUGUCAAAUUAUUAAAUAAAAACAAACAAAUGAAAAAUAAAUUGAUUGUGUGAGAGAGACAGACACAAAAUAAUUGGAGAAGUCCACUUUUGGCUUCAAAAACAUUCCACCCAAAUAUUCCUUUUCUAUAAACAGCGCUGUGUGAGAAAUAGUAAAGGAACUGUCAAAUGUUCACAUACUCAAUGUUCAACUAAAGUUCUGUUAGAACACAAAAUAAAAAGAAAAAUGCCCUA